UGUCACUUCCGCCCUGGGCGCGCCCCGGGGCUCCGGCCGCCCGCGCAGCUGCUGUGUCCGACUCUUGUAUCGCGGGGAACUGGACUCAGCGAGGUCUCUGCGGAGCUGUCUCGGGUGUCCCGCUGGUCUCCCCGAAAAUGAGGGCGUCUUGCGCAGCGCGCAAGGCGCCGCCCCGCCGCCCCGAAAGACUGGCUUCUUCUGGGCGCUUCGUCGGGGUGCAUCUCCUGGCGCUGCUCCUCCUGCUGCCCACGUCCUCCGAUGCCUGUGGUGACCCACCAGAGUUUGUCACUAUGAAGCGCAAGGGUGCCGUUGGAUCCAGUUAUAAACCUGGGGAUAAAGUACUGUAUGAAUGUCGUCUGGGUUUCCAGCAAAUAACUCCUGGUCAAGUUCUCUCUGUUACUUGUCAGAAUGAUAGUACAUGGUCGUCUCUCCAGGAGGGCUGUAAAAGAAGACGGUGUCCUUCCCUAGGUGAUCCCAUAAAUGGCCAAGUUGUCCUUGUAAAUGAAAGUACUGAGUUUGGUUCCCAGGCUCACUAUGUUUGUAAUAAGGGUUACUACUUAGCUGGGCCAAGUAUUUCUUAUUGUGAACUUUCUGCAGAUGGUGUGAACUGGAGUGAUAAUCCUCCAACAUGUGAAAGGGUUAAGUGUAAACCACCUGAAGCAAUUCAAAAUGGAAAAUACACCAAUAGCGACAAGGACACAUUUGAAUACAAUGAAGUAGUAACUUAUAGUUGUAAUCCUUCAGAUGGACCAGAUGAAUAUUCACUUAUUGGAGAGAGCAGGCUUACUUGUAUUGGAAAUGAUGAAUGGAGUAGUCAACCUCCUCAGUGUAAAGUGGUCAAAUGUGUAUAUCCAAUCGUUGAACAUGGAGUGAUAGUCUCAGGAUUUGGACCAAAAUAUUACUACAAAGCGACGGUUGUAUUUAAAUGCAAUGCGGGUUUUAACCUUCACGGCUAUAGUACAGUUGUCUGUGGUGUGAACAGUACCUGGGAGCCUGAGCUACCAAAGUGUAUUAAAGUGUCGACUCCUCCCAGCACCCACCCUCCAAUUCCCAGUACCCAACCUCCAGUUCCCAGUGCCUCAGUGUCGACUCCUCCCAGCACCCAACAUCCAAUUCCCAGUGUCUCAGAUUCCAAGCCCACUUCUCCAACCACGACUUCAGGACUAAGUCAUCCAGGCUAUCCCAGUCCUACUGAUGCAUCACCCCCUAACGAUGCCCAGGGUUUAGGUACAGGAUACAUUGUGCUCAUUAUUAUUGCUGUAGUUGCUCUUGGCAUUGGAUUACUGUUUUGCCUGUACUACUGUCUUUGCAGACGAAGCAAGAAAGGGUUGAAGUAAAACUGAUGGGGUUAAACUAAAAGUUGCUGAGAGGGGAACCACAAUGUGACGGUACGUACUAUUCUGUUCCCUUAUAGGAAAGCAGAAUGUAGCGCCGCAUACAGCACUUAUCAGGAUAAAGCAGCCACUUCAACAGAAUAGAUGAACUGAACCGUUUCCAGAAACGCACGUAUCAUUCAGCCAUGAAAAUGAAGGAAAUCUUGCCAUUUGUGACAAUACAGAUGAACCUUGAAGGCAUUUUGCUGGGUAAUAAGUCAUAUAAAGAAAGACAUGUGUACUGCCUGAUCUCACUGUGGAAUCGGAAAAAACAAGCUUUCAGAAAAAGAAAAGGAGAUUUGUUGAUGUCAGUGGUGGCGGGGGUGGCGGGGGUGGGAUUGAGUAAAGGUGGUCAGAAAAUACAAACCUUCAGUUAUAGGGUGAGAAAGUAGUGGGAUGUAAUUACAGCACAGUGGCUACCGUGAGUUACUCAUACUGUAUUUAUAUUGGCAAGUUGCUAAGAGAGUGGAUCUUAAAAAGUUCUAAUCACAUGGAAGAAAAAAGUUUUUUGUAGUUAUUGACAUUAUCGAAUCAUGCUGUACGCCCUAAACUUACACAAUGCUAUCUCAAUUUUGUCUCAAUACUGAAGGAAAAAAAGUAUAAAAAUUAUUUGCUGCUUUGUUAAACUGUCAGAAAUAAAACUAAGUGAUAGCCAUAGGAACAUUAGAACAUUUUAAUGUGGCUGAAGUAUAGUCAGUAUUCUUUAAUGCUUCUUUGAAACAUGUAUGAAUUUAGUUUUGAACAUCUUGCCUGUUUUUCCUUAAAUAACACUUGAUUUAUGCGUCAGGUCAACAUGGUAUUCCCGGUAGUGCUAAGGUAGGGAAAUGUUUUUUUUUUUUUUUUUUCCCUAUAAGAUCUCCAAACUCAGAGAAAUAUAUUGCAAAAUGACCUUACAUUUCAUUUGCAAAGAAAGUGAUUUUGAAAUCUUUUUUUGUUCAGAGGUGAUUACCAAUUCUUAAGGUUCAUUCUUUGAGUUUCUUAACUAAGAAUCUUACUGGAAAAUACUCUUACAUUUAAUAGAUUUAAAAUGCUAUUUUUAAAAAUUUGUAACCUCGUGGUAAUUUAGAGAUGCUAUUAAGUUUCUGUCUGGCAUUUGCUCUUCACCCCUUUUAUUUAUAAGCCAGUCUGAGAAACCAAGAAUUCAGCAUCAGUUUCUGGUUUCUGUACCAAGUACUCAGCACCCAUGGCAACACCACCAGCUCAGGACAAAGGGAACGCUGCGGCCUUACAGUGUCCUUAAGAAGAAUUCCACUUUAUUAUUAUUAUUGUACUAUAGUUGUUUUUUUACAAUGUUGUGUCUGUUUCUGCUGAAGAAUUCUACUCUCUAAGAGAAUCAGAGUCCACUCUAAAGUCUGGCUCUAGGGCGUUUUCUCUCACCACUUGGAUAAAGAUAUGUCUUACUUUACACAUGUCAUCAGGAUGUAAGCAGUUUUGAAGGGAAUAAAUUCAUCAGAUAACCUCAGGUUGUAUCAGAAUCUUAAGUCUUUGUGGGCUCCUCACCUCAUCUGUAAAGGGCAGAGUAAAAACGAACCCUGUAUUUCAGAAAAGCAAACUCAACUCUGGAUUAGCUGUGGUCAUGCAGAGGGGAGGAGAGACGGAACAGCUCAGGUGGGUCUGCUCACUCAGGUUGGACAGGGCCCAGCCCUCUUUGUCCUCACACCAGCGGCCACAGAGGAGGGACUCUGCUCUAACUCACAGUUUUACAGGUUUUUUUUACACGUUAAAAAAAAAUUAUUUUUUCUUUUUUUAAUUUUUUGGCCAUACCUUGACAUGCAGAGCUAUCCAAGCUUGAGAUCAGACCUAUGCCCCCUGUGGUGGAAGCAUGGAAACCCAACCACUGGGCCAUCAGGAAGGUCCUCACACUUCCUAGUUAGUAGCACAAACUGGGCCAAAGAAGAGUUUCCUUAUAAAGGUAUGCAUGAGGACUCAAGGGUGAACAGGAGUAAAUACUGUUUUUCUCCCUAAGGACAUGUUUGUAAGGCCCUCUGUAAGUGGUCCUUCCCUUUGUAAUCUUGGGUAAGGCACUUGGAAGAUAAGUUUGAACAGAAUAAAUUUAGAAAUUCUGAGACAAAUCCAGAGUUGAAGUUUUGCUGUACCCUUUUAUCACAUACUCUUCAAGAAUCUAACACUUUCUCAGAAGCAAGGGGGUGGUUGUGGUACAUAUUUCUUAAAACCUCAAGGAAAUGUUUUCAACCAAAGUUUAUUGUGCUUACCAGAAUAGACUUUCACAAUAGUUUCCACUUCAAAUUUAGUUUUUCCAGGGUAACAUAGUUACAUGUAAGAUUGAAAUAUGUGUGUACAUAUAAAUUAUGUUCUGUCUGCAAAUAACUUGUCAAUUACUUAAAUACAUGGAGAAGCCAUUUUUCUCUAGAAAUGUCUGUCUGAAUGAGAGGGGAAAGUGUAUUUGAAUUUAAACUUAAAACUGCAAGAGUGAAUCCCCAGUGGAAUGAGACGUCUCAUGUCUGUAUUGUUUGUUUUCGGAGAAGUGAACCUUUGAAUCUAUUUUGAAAAUAAAAUGUCAUUAUGGAGAA